CUUUCACUAUUUAGUAUUCACCACAACACAAGAUGGGGUCGGUACAAGAGUUACUACGAAGUACAGUAGAGGACCUUCAUCGGCUUAGUACGUUUUCCGAAUUAGGAAAUCAAUUGGAAUACGAAACACUCCUAAAACAGACCAUAACUCAUAUAAUAAAGUUAGUAGAUUGGGAUGAUACCGCGUAUCAGAAACUUAAUAUAACAAUAAAUCCUCAUUUAGAUGGUAUAAAUUCAUUAGAUAUACUUUAUUAUGUUAAACGAGGAGAAUCUCCUACCAAAUCAUCUAUCCCCAGUAAAGAAAUCUUAACAUAUUUUCAACAAUAUCAAUAUCUGAAACAUAAAUAUCAUGAUACUAUACUUAAUCAACUAAGUAAAUUAUUACAAGAAACUCAUACAAAUGCUUCUAAAUCAGUUUUACAAUCAUUUGCAACUUUCAUAACAUUUCUUAUAAAUUUUCAUAAAGAUUGUGAAACUCAAAUCAUUAAAUUUCUUACUAAAUGUUUUACAUAUGAUCUUAAAUUUCAAACUAAAAUACGACAUGAUUUAAAUACAAAUUUACAUCAACAAGAUACUUUAAAAAUUGUUGAAAUACUUGAUAAAUUAAUGGGUUCAGAGAUUCAUCAAGAUAAUAAUGUAGAAAUUAGUCAUAACACUUCGGGAUUGCCCCUAGUAUUCCGAAGCUCUCAUGAAGGAUUUACAAGUUUAUAUAAUAUUUUACUUGAAAUUGCUUGUAUUAAACAUGUUAGAAUUGAAGAUGCAAAUAAAUUUGCUGAAAUGUUCUUGUAUAUGUUUAAGAGUCAUUUCCAAAUUCUGAGUUUAGAAAUUGAUACAUUUGCUUAUAAGGAAAAGAAAUUUGAUUCAAUUUAUGAAUUAUUAUUAAGUAUUUUACCUGAUUACUUUCUGGAUAUUAAUGCAAAAGUUAUAAAUGAUUGGUCAAUUUUUCCAGAAAUGAAAAGGGAAAAUGAAAUAAUAACUAGUCAAGGUGGAAUUGGAAUUGUUCCUUCAUUAAAUUUAAUAGCUGAUGAUGUACUUGUUGAAACUAAUUUACAUAAUACUAAACGCGAUAGAAGUCAAUUAUUAAAUCAUUUUCGAAGAAUUAUCCCUCUUUUAAAUGAAUUUAAUCUUCAAUUCGAUAUAGAUUUUGUUUCUAUACUUUAUCAUUAUUUAACUUUAUUAUAUGAAAGUUUACCAACUUCAGGAGUAAUUGCUGAUUUUAAUUAUGUUGAUCAAUUAAUAACUUUAUUAAAUAUAAUUAUUGAUUUUGAAAAUGGUAAAGAUGAAACUCAACUGACUAAUUUUAAAACUACUGUAUAUAGACUUCAUGAUCUUCAUAAAUAUUUAUCAAAAUCUUCAGUUGCUUCAAUACCUUCAACUACUUUAUUAAUGAGGAUUUCUGUAAUUGAAUAUUAUAAGAAUAUUCAAAUUGAAAAGAUUCUUUUAAAUAAUUGGAAUUCAAGAACUGAUAUAAUAAAUCAAUUAAUUGAAAUUCUGGAUCAAUGGAGUUUUAAUAAUCAAAAUAGAUAUUUAAGAGUAUUCUUAAAAUUAUGGUAUACUCGUAAAUGUCAAUUACAAGAUUUACAUAAAGAAGCCAUUAGAUAUGAUACGAUUAUGAUAUCUGAUAAACAUUUUAAUCAUAUAAUUAAUGCAUAUAAACAUCAUAAACACUUAAUGAAUAAUGCAGAUAUACGAUUUACAAAGUCUUACUUUACUAUAUGGCUGGAUAAAUCUAUUAAUUCUGAAGGUUUGGUAGUACGAGCCAUUAAUUUAAGAAGUAUUAAUUUACUUAAACUGGGCUUUUCCAAAUGGAAACGAGCCUAUCAAUUUCAAACUAGUUUGAAAUCUUUAGCCAUUAAGAAAAGGUCUCAAUGGGAAUCUCAUCAGAAUUUCAACAUCUUACAAGUAGUAUUUGUACAAUGGUAUACUCGUAUGACAAAUAGUAUACUGAAUGGAAAUGGAAAUGGAAAUGGAAAUGUCGAAAUUGAUAGUAAUAAAUUAAAGACAUUAACUCAGUUAGAGAGAAAGUAUUUACUUAAGAAGCAAUUCAAUAAGUGGAUGACGAUGUAUUGUCUUAUGGUAGCUAAAAACUCGGUAAAAGUAAAGAAUGAUAAACUCUUACUUGAGUAUAUGUUUAGAAAACGAUGGCUAACUAAAGCUGCCCAAGAAUCUAUGGCCCGCAAGAAUCGCCAUGAAAAGGAUCAAAUUAUGAAACAACAACUUUUCAUUAUCUGGAAAGAUUUAACCUUAAGAAGAUCCCAAGCUGAAGCAUUAUUUAGAAAGAAUAAAUUAAACCAUAUAUUCACAUUAUGGAAAUUGAAUACCAUAGCUCAGGGGAAUAAUUCUCAUAUACUUCAACAAUUUGUAGUAAAGCAAUCCUUUAAAUCCUGGAAACUUAAGUAUAAACUUGCCCAAGUUACUUCACAGUCAUGUAAGAGAUUAGAAGAGAUUCAAUUUGUUAAAUGGCAUAAUCAUUUAGCGGAUAUAAUAGAAUUAACAACUUAUGCUGAAGAUCUUGAAGUAAUCAAUUUAAAGAAACGAUAUGCUCAAGUAUGGUUGAAUAGGUAUAAUUCCACUGUAGAAGUUAGUGCAAAGGCAGAUCAAUGGUUAAAACAACGAAUAUUUAAUCGAUGGAAAUCUCGUUAUAUCCAUUAUAAAGAUAUGGAUAAACUGAUCAAUAAUAAUUUCAAUUUUAAUUUUAAUACUAAUGAUCUAUUAGUCAAAUCAGUAUUAAGAUUAUGGAAAAGACGAUUCGAAUAUAGUUUUGAACAGAAUUCUGCUCAUAUUAUUGAUAAUUUCCAAACAGAAUAUCGAGAUAAAAAUAUAAAAGCUCGAGCAUUUUCUAUAUGGAAAUCACUGUAUGAUGAUGUUCAAUUACGUCAGAAACUGAUUGAAGCCAGAGAGAGAGAUUAUUUCAAUCAUUAUAAACAAAAUAAUUUACCAGGAUAUUUUGAUAAAUGGAGAAGACUUGGUAUAAGAUAUGAAGAUCUUUAUGAACAAGGAAUCUCAUUUGAAGAGACAGUAUUAAAGAAAAAGAGUAUGGUAAUUUGGUAUGGACAAUAUAUUAAUAAAGGAAUAUAUUUAAAUGAAAUUGCUGAAGAAUUUCUUGAUGAUAAUUCAUUUAGACAAGUUCAAGAUAUUUUAAGUAAUUGGGCUAUGAGAGUUAUGAAAGUUCGAAGAAAUGAACAAAGUUGUGAUUUAUUUAUUAAACGAUGGGAUUCUUCUCGGGCAAAACUUAUAUUUGAACUUUGGAAAUGGAAAACUCAAACUAAGGAUUCAUCAUUUGAUGAUUCAGAAAUAAGUAAUUCAUCUCCCUUAGCUUCAAGAUCUUCAAGAAUUUCCAGUGAUAAGAAUAUAAGUUAUUUAUUUACUCCAUUGAAAAAGCAAGUACCUUCAAGAAUUCCUUAUUCAACUCCAGGAAUGGGGAUUAAUCGAACAAGUCCUUCAAGACUUUUAGAAACUACUCAAAGACUUCGGAAUGAAAAAAUGGAUGAAAUUCGUAAACAUUUCCGAGGUAUUAAAAGUUCUUCAACUCCUAAGAAAGAAGUCAUUGGAGCUAAUGUAUUUAAUGAAGUUUCAAUUACAUAUCCUCGACUUGAACCAUUAACUUCUUCUAGUAUAUUACCUCCUAAGGCUCCUAUUUUUGAAGCUCAAACAGGUAAUUCAGAUUCAAGAAUAACUUUUGAUAAGAGAUCUAUAGAAACAGCUAAAAAGUUUAGAAGAAUUACUCCCAUUAAAUUCCCUACUAAUGACGAAGUAGAUAUAGAUACAGAGACUGAACCAGAGACUGAAAGAGAAGAACCAGCAACUGAAUUUCUUGGAUUUUCUCCUGUUCUGCAAGUGUUUCAAACUUAACAUAAUGAAUAAUGAUAGGUAAUAAUUAAUGUAUUAGUUAUGUAAUAUAAGAUAGGAUAAUUUAAU